AUGCGAGCGCUGCUCUUAACCUCGAGCGCCGUCAAGAUCCACGUCAAACGGGCCAGUUGUUGCUGGGUGCGUGCGUCCUCGACGCUUGAGACACCUACCGCUGCUUCGAAGCGCUCGCCCACGGCGCUCGGCAUUGCGCCUCGUCGCUCGAACGCUCCAGAGACUCCUAUCGAUAUGAAGACGGCAUUGGCCAAGUGCAAGGCUCAGAAAGCGCGCAACUUUGACGAGACCAUUGAUGUUGCGAUUCAAUUGGGUGUCGACCCGCGCAAGCCGAACCAGAGCGUUCGUGGCGUAGUGAGUUUGCCAAAUGGGACGGGCAAGCAGGUGCGCAUUGCCGUGUUCGCUCGCGGCGCUAAGGCGGAAGAAGCCAAAGCUGCUGGUGCUACUAUUGUGGGUGCCGAGGAUCUCGUUGAGCAAGUGCAGAGUGGAAAGAUCGAGUUCGAUCGCUGUAUCGCGACACCCGAUGUGAUGCCGCUGGUGGGGCGCGUGGCCCGGAUUCUUGGCCCUCGUGGUCUGAUGCCGAACCCGAAGCUGGGCACAGUGACGCAAGAAGUUGGCGAUGCAAUUGCUGCUGCUCGUGGCGGCCAAGUAGAGUUCCGUGCGGAGAAGAAGGGGAUUAUCCACGCUGGCGUGGGCAAAAUGAGCUUUUCGGAAGAGGCCCUGCUGGAGAACGUGCGAGCGUUCAUGGUUGCGCUUAGCGAUGCCAAGCCGGAAGGUGCCAAGGGCAAGUACAUUAAGGCCGCUCACCUGAGCUCUUCGAUGGGUCCAAGUUACACUUUAGACAUCAAGUACUUGGAUCCGGCCUCGACGUCUUUCAUGCGCUUCGAGUGA